AUGAAACAUAUGGCAAAAAAAUUAUCUGAUAAAAAACAAUUUUUAUCAUUUAUUGACAAAUUUGAAAAUUAUAAUUUUACUACACAAGAACAAGCCAUUGAACUUCGUCAUCAAGAAUUUCCAAAAAUGUAUGCAUUGAGUUUAUUUCAAUCGUACAAACGACGAGAAAUUGUUAAUCAUCAUUCUGUUGAAUUAAAAUUCAUAAAAAAUUUUUUUCUUCAAAUAAACAAUAAUUUAAAUUGUCAAAUAAUAAUUAAUGAAAAAAGUAAAUUUGAAAAUGGAUUACGAAUAUCAAUUUGUUUAUCAAAAGAAGAAAAUUUAUUGAAAAAAAAGAUUAUCAAUAUUUAUAGUGUUCAACUGAGGAGAAAAAUUAUAAAUAUAUUAGAAAUCGAAGAAAUUUAUUCAAUAGAAAAAAAUAUUAUAAAAAUAUCAGAUCAAAAACUAACAAUUAUUAAUCAAAAUAAAGAGAAAAAAAUCGAUCCAAAUGACUUAAUAAAGAAAUUAACAGAUAAUGAAAUUGAAAAAUUUUUAAAUGAACUUUCUGUUGAGAUAAAUGAAUUUAAUGAACAAAUUUUAUGUAUAAAUUUAGAUUUAAAUAAAAAAAAUGAUAAUAAAUUGAUUAAAAAUCAAAGACUAAUUGAUACAAACGAAUGUGAAAUGAUUAAUAAACUACAUAAAAAAUUAACAAAAGUUUUAGAUUCUGGUUGGUCAAUAAAAUCCAUAAAACAAUUAAUUGAUCAUAUUAAUUCGAAAGAGAUACUUGAAAAUUUAUUCAAUGCAUUAGAUCCAAUUUAUGAAUAUAAUUUAAAAGAAUUUGACAAUAAUAUAAAAGGAAAAAAUUUAAUUGAUAUUUUAACAUCAUCAUCAUCAUUAUUAUCAUCAUUUUUGUCAGAAAAUUUAACAAAAGAAGUACAUGAUUUGGCAAUAUUUCAAACAUUUAGAGAUUUAAAUAUUGAUCAGCAAAUUUCAUUUUUACAGGAUAAAAAAUUAACAGAAGAAUAUGAAAAAGUUAGUAUUGCAUACGAAAAUAUUGUUACAAGUUCACCAGAAUUAGCUAAAUCACAAUCAAUACAACGGAGAGAAUUUGAUCAACAAUUUAAUUUAACAGUAUCUCAUAAUGGAAAAGAUUUAAUAGAUAUUAAAACACGAUAUAAAGCUGAUAUUGUUUAUGGUGCAGCAAGUGAUUUUCAAGGAGAUAUUUUACGUGAUGAAUAUAGUAAAUUAGGUAUACGUAAUGGUCGAAAAUGUGAUGUUGCAAUUGUUGAUGAAGUUGAUUCAAUGUUAAUUGAUGAAAUUAAUAGUAAAGAUUAUUUUAUUGAACAAUCAGAGCAUAUGUUCAAUGAUGAUGGUACAAUUAAAUCUGAUGUUAUUGAGAAUGCUUUUCCAAUUAAUGGUUCAAAAGAAGAAUUUAUUAAAAAUGCUACAGAAAAACAUAUACGAAAUGGUAUUUAUGGAAAAUAUCGAUGUGAAAAUGAACAACAUUAUAUUCUUCGAAAUGGGAAAAUAGCACCAGUUGAUGCAACUAAUACGGGUAUUGUACAACCAAAUAUGCAUUGGAAUAAUGGUUUACAUCAAUUUUUACAAAUAAAACAUGGUGAAAAAAUUUCAGCUGAAAGUUUAACAACAAAUUUUAUUUCAAAUGUAACUUAUUUUAAACGUUAUCAUCAUAAUAUUUAUGGAUUAACUGGGACACUUGGAAGUAUUAAUGCACAAAAAAUUAUUAAAUGA